AUGCUGAAAUGGAAAGGCAGUAAAUGGCCUGCCGUUACCGUGCCUUUGCGGGGAACGACUGGAGGGUCUCUUCGUCUACGCAUGCUGCUGGUCAUGUUCUUCCUCUGCCGUUUCAGUCUUUCUUCGGCGUCCCAAUAUUUUAGUUUGAGCAGCACAGGCUUUGAAGUAGAGGAAGCGGCUACUAUUUCAACUUACGAUGUAGGGGAAACGACACAACGGAAUCUACACCCGGAGCCUGUGCCUGUGAAGGCGGAUAUCGUGCCUAUUGCGUGGAAGAAGUCUGCUUGGCCUGCAUUAGGUUCUGCUGCAUAUUUUGUGUUUCUGGUGGCCCUUGUUACAGCAAGGGCGUUUGCUGCUGCUGCUUCCAAGGACAAGAGUCUCCCUACAGUGCCCCAUGAGAAUGAGAAAAAGGAAGGAGAGGAAAAAGAGAAGACGACCAGUAGUAAAGGACUGAAGGAAGAAGGGGAAGGACGGGGGCAAAAACAAGAACAAGAGCAAGGAGAAUCUAGUAUGGAAUAUGCUGCAGAUCAGUUGGAGCUGCAGCAGCAGGUGCGUGCUUGCUGGCUCCCUGCACAAUCUUUGGGUGCAUCUCUGAAUGAGCCAAUAUCUACUGAGCUGCUGGUGCAACUGAAAGGGCAUAUGGAUGCGGCGGAGCAGCAUCAGUCUGCUGCAGAGGUCGGGGACCGUGCAGCAGUGGCUGCGAUUGCUGCUGCGAAUCAAGCAGCCGCAAACGAUCUUGCAGCUCUGCAAGAACUGGUAAGAGUUAUUGUGAUGACAGGUGAAGCAAUAGCAUUUACUUCCGCCAUAGAAACGUGUCUGACUGAUGAAGGUUUUGAAAGCCUCGUGUUAGAAAGCACAGAAGCAGCACGAUCAUACCAACAGGCAUGGGGGCAAGUUGUGAGAGCCUGCAAGAAUAGCAUUAACUUCCAGAAAGAUGAUGCAACAACAAUCAAGACGCAGCUACAGAGCUUCCCUCCACUGCAGCAGCGGCAGCUGGAGCAGUUGCCCGUGCGGCUUUCUGCGGCGCGGGUUGCAGUGGAAGGUGUCCAUCGUUGCUUAAAGAGGCUAGAAGCAGCAAAAGUUGUGGCCGCGGAGCUGCGCCGGAGUUCUUUGCAGUUGUUCACGAACAGCCGUCUAGGACACUUGGAGGUUGUAAGCGCAAAAGGAGCAGUUCUACAGAAAAUUGCUUUUGCAUUGCUGAAGGGUGCCAAGACUCUGGCGAGUUUCAGACAUAAAACAGGUGAAGCCAGGGACAACAUUGGUAACCUGUCCAUUAAGACAUGGGUGCUGUCGUUUAAGAAUGCGGAUAAGGAUCUAAGCUCGAUGCACAGGCAAAUGGAGGUGCUGCGUGGCGCGAAGAGCCUGCAGGAGGCUAAGGCAGCAGCAGAUGCAGCAGAAGAAGCAGGGGUGCAUAUGUCGAAGGCUCUCGACGGGCUAAUCAGCC